CGCCGACCAUUGAUUGACACGUGCCACACACCAGUCACAUCGAUUGCGUCGAUGAUUUGUGAAUCACUUCUCGCUGCCAUAAUAUCAUCGAUAGAGACUUUGUUUGAGCAUGUACCUUCAAAGCAGCGACUGAUCGGCCAGAGGAACGGUCAAAUAACGCUCUCGGCAGUUCAAAUACCAGCGGUCCUCCGCAGAGCCUCUGGAUCAUAUAGUCAUCCGGGCUCAUUCUGCCGUCAAUACUCGUCGUUGGCGCUGUGUGCUUCGUCUGAAGGCGCUAGGCUCAUCCCGGCCAGCUAGACGCAAAAGCUCCACUUUAUAGGUAGCUCGAGCCUCCUAUCAUGCCAUACUCAACAUCUCCAGAUGACUCGCUUCGACACAGACAUACUUCCAAAUCCAAUAACUCAUCUCUAGACCCCUCGCCAGCCGGAACGGAUGACGAAGCUCCGCCUCCUUCCACCCUGAGCGAGAAUGGAGAUGCCAAAGGGGACUAUCUAUCAGUAGACGAGUCGAAGAGGGAAAAGAAGUCAAGCGGAAGGAGAAGUGCUUUGGCCGAAGCAAGGCGGAAGAUGAAGAGGAUGCAAUCGCCAUUAUUGGAGAGUCUGGAUGACCUAAGAGAGAACAUCUCGAAAGGCGUAGAGAUCCAAUUCGCCCCGUUGAACAUCCCACCACAUCGCAGAUUACAGACCGCUGCAGUGGCCUUUUGGGCUCUCCUUCUUCCUUUCUGCCUCUUCGUCUUCCUCCUCCUCAUGUCUCUGCCGCCGACUUGGGUCGUACUGAUACCGUAUCUUAUCUGGACUCGAUUCGAUAAGGCUCCGGAAUGGGGAGGUCGACCGCGAGAAUGGGCCAGACGAAGCUUCAUAUGGAAAUACUUUGCUGAAUACUACCCUUGCAGCAUCGUCAAGGAGGGAGAUCUUCCUCCUGAUAGGCCAUACUUGUUCGGAUACCACCCGCACGGUAUCAUCGGCAUGGGAGCUCUUGCUACUUUCGCGACCGAGGGGUCUCAUUUCUCGGAGAAGUUCCCCGGCAUACAACCUCACCUCUUGACGCUUGAAUCCAACUUCAUGAUGCCUUUCUACCGUGACCUCAUCAUGUCACUCGGUAUCGCCUCCGUCUCGAAGCAAUCUUGCAAGAAUAUCUUGUCCCGAGGACCCGGGCAUGCGAUUGCCAUUGUUGUCGGUGGAGCUACGGAGUCUCUGUCUGCGCAUCCUGGUACUGCAGACCUGACUCUGAGGCGACGGUUUGGAUUCAUCAAGAUUGCGAUCAGAGAGGGUGCAGAUCUGGUACCUGUUUUCGGAUUCGGAGAGAAUGAUAUUUAUGACCAACUUCCCAACGAUAAGGACACGGUCGUGUACAAGAUCCAAAAGAACUUUCAGAAGGUCUUCGGCUUUACAUUACCUCUAUUCUAUGGUCGAGGCAUCUUCAACUACAAUUACGGCUUGAUGCCAUUCCGUCACCCCAUAGUCACCGUUGUUGGCACGCCGAUCCGGGUUGAGAAGAAUCUCAAUCCGACAGAUGAAGAGGUACAGCAGAUGCAGAAGGUUUACAUCGAUCAAUUGAUGAGGAUAUGGGACAAAUACAAGGACGUGUAUGCUCGACACAGGACGAAGGAAUUGACAUUGGUAGAAUGAGCAGUAUUUUGAUCAUGAGGUAGAGGGUUUUUCUUUCCAGCAAGUCACAUGUAGCAUUCAACACCAUAGAUAUACGCAGUCGUAUGCACGCGAGGUCAAAGAGUACGACUGUGAGAUCGACAGCCGAGGAGUCACGCAGUGAUGCU